CAUAUCUUUAGACCUAGGCCGGCCGCUCUGUGCGCAGGCGCAGUUCACUGCUAACUGGUGGGACACAAAUACUUUGCAUACUUUUUAACCCAGUGACCGUUAGCUCACGGAACAAGCGCGUACCUAUUGGGAAAGAAUAUACUCUUAAAUAACGAAAUAAUACGUCUGUUUUUCACCUUUGGACUCAUUUUAUGCUGCUACUUUAGCAGAGGAAUUAAUGUGAUAGCAGUUUCAUUGUAGCUAACAACAACUUUGGCUAAUAACGUUAGCAUGUGUGGCUGCAUUUUGUAGUCACAAAAACUCUCAUUACACCUCUGAUGCACGACAGAGGCUAAACAGAAAGGUUUGCCUCGGGGAACUGUAAAGAUGAAUGGUCAGGGUGAACACGCUGCACCUCUGAGGGUGUUGGUGACAGGAGGGUCCGGCUUGGUGGGCAGAGCCAUACAGCAUGUGGUCAAAGAGGAGGGGGGAGCCAGAGAGGGGGAAGAGUGGAUCUUUCUUUCUUCUAAAGAUGCCAACCUCAUGAACAUGGAGGAGACGCGGGCGGCGUUUGAAAAACAUCGUCCAACCCACGUCAUUCACCUGGCUGCUAUGGUUGGAGGCCUCUUCAAGAACUUGAAGUACAACCUGGACUUUUGGAGAAACAAUAUCUACAUCAAUGAUAAUGUGCUGCAGGCGGCACAUGAAGUAGGAGCGGUCAAGGUUGUUUCCUGCCUCUCCACCUGCAUCUUUCCUGAUAAGACCACCUACCCUAUAGAUGAGACCAUGAUCCACAACGGUCCACCUCAUGAGUCAAACUUUGGCUACGCUUAUGCAAAGAGAAUGAUUGAUGUUAGUAACCGGGCGUAUUUCCAGCAGCACGGGCAUUGUUAUACAGCCGUGAUUCCCACAAAUGUGUUUGGUCCUCAUGACAACUUUAGCAUUGAAGACGGUCAUGUGCUGCCAGGCCUCAUACACAAAGCUUACAUCGCUCAGAAGGAUGGAAAGCCUCUGGUGGUGUGGGGCUCCGGCACUCCCAGAAGACAGUUCAUUUACUCUCUGGACCUGGCUCGUCUCUUCCUGUGGGUCCUGAGAGAUUAUCCAGAGGUCGAUCCAGUCAUUCUCUCAGUUGGAGAGGAGGAUGAAGUCUCUAUUAAAGAAGCAGCAGAGGCGGUGGUGGAAGCACUGGACUUUAGAGGAGAAGUGGUUUUUGAUUCCAGUAAAGCAGACGGUCAGUUCAAGAAGACAGCCAGUAAUGCAAAGCUGCGACACUACCUGCCCGACUUCACCUUCACACCCUUCAAACAAGCUCUCAAGGAGACCUGUGAUUGGUUUGUUGCGAACUACGACUCAGCCAGGAAGUGAAACCUCCGACAAUCAAGUAUGGAUAAAAGUCUGUGGAUCUAGGAGCCCCUCUGUUGUGAGAGGGAUCAGGUGGAGGGCGUGAUGAUGACGACUCUGAAAUGAUGGUUAGAAGAAGUCACUUUGAUUCAUCUGCACGGGCAAGACGACUGUUACUGAUGAAGUCUGUCAGUUUGGUUCUGUCGGUUCACUCAGUCAGAUGGACGGAGAACUCACCAUGAAGUCAAAUCUGCCGCACCGAACCGUAUUAUGUUUUAGGGGAGCAGUUUAUUUUUAGAGUUUUAAUAAAUAAUGUAAUUAUAGUAUUUUAUUCUUCUAUCUGGAUGUCGUUUUAUGCUUUGGAAGUAUUAUUACACAUUUCAGUUGUUAAUUGACGGAUUUAACCUUUACUCAAGGUGCUGGCACAAUUCUUUUUAUUGUCUAGUAUUAAUUGUUUUCCAGCUGAUCAACUUUUCAUCACUGAAUUAUCUUAAUUUUAAAACAUUUGGGGAAUUUGAAGUGACACUUUUUCACUUUAUUUAAAGAAAAUAAUAUUUAUGGUAUAUUUUGUUUAAGUGGUAGCUUGGAUGGUUUGUAGUCAGUGUACUGGCACCGAGCUCAAUAAAUAUUUUGUACCUGU